AUGCAGUUGAAGCACAACUUCAUCAUGCUCUACACCCGACUUCAGACUAUGCUCCGCGACCGCAUAAGGAAGCCGCGGCGUCAUGUCGAGAUUUCGGCGCCAUACGACGUCAAGCACAAGCCUGUCAACCUUCCCGGAGUGUCUCAAGAGGAGCUUUCCAUUCUGCGCGAGAAAGCUGUCGCGUCUCGCAUCGGCGUCCUUGAACUCCGGCCCGAAUUUCCCAGUGGACAUGAAUACUACAAAAUAUCCCGACCGGCGCCCCGCCCUCGACCAGCCGCGUCGUUGUUCAAUGCAGGAGAGGCGUGA